AUGGAUAUUGAAAAUAUGGACGUUCUCACUGAAUUUGGUGAAAGCACUGAACAUACUGAAAAAGAAAAAUCAAGUAAUGGGUCUCAGGACGAAUUGACUGAAGUGGAAGUUUCUGCCAGCAAUAAUAACUUGCGUAGUUUCAAACGAGCUAAGAAGCAGACUUACCAAAAAGUGGUUGAAUCUUUUACAAAAGACUGGAAAGAAUCACAGAAGGAAUUACUUGAGACCAUGAAGGAGCAGGAUGAAAAAUUGAUAGAUAUACAGAGCAAAAAGCAAGAGGAAAUUUUGGAAAAAAAUAUGAAAACAAUGGAAAAGAUUCUAGAAAAUGAUCGAGAGGAAAAUGCUAAAAUGCUGCAAGAAUUUCUAAGCGCAAUGCAACCAAUGCAGCCGCACGUCUUCCAGGCACCAACACAUUUCUAUAGGGAGUCUCCAUCAUCCAGUGUUAUUUGUGUACCAUUGCCUAAAGGAUCUUCAAAGACCAAAGAUGAAUCUGCUUAAUUUUAUGUACACUCAAAUUUAAUAAUUACACUUUUGAAUUCAAUAAAAUACAAGAAAAAUUUUAAAUUGCAAAUGGUUUGCUGUACUGUAAGAAAAGUAAAUUGAGGAUAAUAGUAACAGAAGCAAUCCUUUAUAUUUAAAAAUAAGCAAAAUGUGCAUGGUCGUUAAUAUUCAA